GGCAUCUCGGCGACCCUGUGAGCUGGAACGGGAGAGGAGCCCGCCGGCAGGUGGAAUGGGGCAGCCAUGAACGGUGAUGCCCUGUGCCAGGAGCCCUCCUCCCCGCUCCCUGACUGGAGGGAGUUCUGCGAGCUGCACGCCCAGGCCGCCGCCGUCGACUUCGCCCAGAAGUUCUGCCAGUUCCUGAAGGAGAACCCCCACUACGACACCCCCGGGGCAGAGACCUCCUUCUCACACCAUUUCGCUGCCAACUUCUUGGACAUUUUCAGCCUGGAGGUCAGCAGGGUGUUUGUGUCCGACUCCCCCACCAAGUACAACAUCGUGCCUUUCGUGGGGCUGCAGAACUGCCACGUCCCCUACGGCAGGGAGGUCACCUCGAGGAAGGAGGAGACGUCCACCGAGUCCCUGGACAGCAUGGACGCUCCGCUGGCAGCGGGACGGUACCUGAGCCCCGCGCAGCAGGCGCAGGCACGGAAGGUGUCGUCCUACGGCCAGUCCCGCAGCUCGGAGGACGUCUCCAUCCACGCCACCACCAAGCCCAAGUUCAAGAAAGGCUUCUCCUUGAGGAACAUGAGCUUGUGCGUGGUGGAUGGGAUGAAGGAGAUGUGGCAUCGCAAGUCCUCGCCGGAGCCGGGUGCCGAGGCUGCCCCGGGAGGCCGGAGAGGCGAGAGGGAGCCGUGGCCGGCGGGGGGAAAGGAGCCCGGUGACCCACGGGAGAAAUGGACCCACAAGCUGCGGCUGUCCAAGGUGCCUUCCUCCAAGGUGGAGCUGGUGGACAUCCAGAGGGAGGGGACGCUGCGCUACAUGGUGGCCGAUGACACGAACUGUGUGGGGAGCUCCCAGUGGCAGAAGUGCCGCCUCCUGCUCCGGAAGGCGGUGAAGGUGGAAGGAGAGAGGUUCCUCCUCGAGUUUUAUGUCCCUCCAAAGGCUUCCAAACCCAAGGUGAGCAUCCCGCUGUCAGCCAUCAUCGAGGUCCGCACCACCAUGCCCUUGGAGAUGCCCGACAAAGACAACACCUUUGUCCUGAAGGUGGAGAACGGGGCUGAAUACAUCCUGGAGACCAUCGACUCCCUGCAGAAGCACUCCUGGGUGGCAGAUAUCCAGGACUGCAUCGACCCUGGGGACAGCGGGGACGACAUCGAGCUGGCAGCCUGCACGCAGGGAGCCUGUCUGCCGGGCAGGGGAUCCUCCUGCAGCUGCGAGUUCCUGGCUGAAGAUGUGCCCAGGCUGCCAGACAGAUGUGCCCUGCCCAGUGCCCACAGCACAGCCCCUGUGCCCCCUGGCCGGGGCAGGGACUCCCUGGGGGAGCUCCUCACCCACGUUCCACUGGAGAACUUCCUGCAGACCCUGGAGUCCUCCCCCGCUGCCAGCGGGCAUCUCGCAGGGGAGGACAACGAGACAGAGGCAGAGAUCAACCUGUCUGACUUCCCGUGGUUCCAUGGGACCCUAUCACGGAUCAAAGCAGCUCAGCUGGUGCUGUUUGGGGGUGCCCGGAGCCACGGCUUGUUCGUCAUCCGGCAGAGUGAAACGCGGCCAGGGGAGUACGUGCUGACCUUCAACUUCCAGGGGAAAGCAAAGCACCUCCGCCUGUCGCUGAAUGAGAGCGGGCAGUGCCACGUGCAGCACCUCUGGUUCCAGACCAUCUUCGACAUGCUGCGUCACUUCCACACGCACCCCAUCCCCCUCGAGUCGGGCGGCGCGGCUGACAUCACCCUCCGCAGCUACGUCGUGGCCCAGAGCCCACUGCCAGACGCCAGCCCCCCACCAGCCCUUGUGUCGCAGCCCCCCGGCUGCCGCGCUGACCUGCCACCUCCGCACUACUUCUGCAGCACAGCCCCUGCCGGCCCCCCGGCCCCGCCGCCUGCCGAGGGGGUGGCCGUGGCCUCCUCUGUCCCCGGCCCCGCAGCCUACCACCGCCUGGAGGGUGCCCUGGGCCCCCGCAGCCGCAGCGACAGCGCCGAGCGCCGGCCGGAGCCCCCCGCAGCCAGUGCCGAGGACUAUCACGAGGCUGACGGUGCCCGGAGCCGGACCCGGGCAGUGGAAAACCAAUACUCCUUCUACUGAGCAUCCCCCCACGCCUGGGGGCUGGAUGAUGGGGGAAUGUGGGACACCUGUGGCCCUCACCGCUGCAACAGCCUUGUCAUCUCCUCCUGCCACCACCAGCAGCCCGGAUGGGAUGUCCUUCUCGCUGCCUGCAGGAGCCACGUCAGCGGUGGGCAGUGUCCUAGCUGGAGCCAGCACCAGCCCUGAGGUUAGGGCAGUGCUGGGGGUUUGGGAGACUGAAAAUGUCAGUGCCAUUUUGGAGCUUGCAGCUUCUUCUCUUUCCUCUUGGACCAAGAGCUCUUUCGAGGCCGAGCCGGGCUCCCUGCAUCUCCUCCCUGAGGAUGUCAGUCAUGGGGUGGCAGCCCAAAGCUGUGCCAGGCUCCAUCCUCCAGCCAAAGCACCUCAGCAUGUCCCCUCUGGGGUGAGGCCAACAUCCCUUCUGGCACCAUCACGCCACAGCCCAGCUGCAGAGGGGCUCUGGCCUUUGGGGAUGACCGUGGAAAUGGCGGAUUCCCUCACAGAGGCUUUUGUCACACCUGCAGAUCCAUGUGCCUGAGAGGGCACUGCUGCAGGGCCACGAGGGUUUAUGCAGGCUGGCUCUCAGGCUCCCUCCAGGGCAUGUGCUUCCCACUCUCUACCAGGAGAAGGUUUUUUCCCAAAGUUUAAUGAAUCACAUUUGAGGAAGGGGGUUUUUUUCUGCUCUCCUGCCAUUUCUGUUCCUUUGUCCUUUCUCUCCUUGCUAUAUCUAUGGAGAGUCCCUGGAUAACCCCUUCCUUUCUCCCUCUCUUCCUUGCUUUUUCAAAACCUAAGCGCUCUGCAAGGGCAUCAGCUCAGCCUUCUGCCUUCUCUCCACUGCAGCUAGGCAAUAUUUUCCAUUGCUUGGCAAUAUUUUCCAUUGCUCAAGGCAAACCUUGAAAAAAUACAGCAACACCUCUGCUUUGCAUCAGUUGUUAGUCACUGAGGAUGUCUAGGAAGGGUCAGACAGAGGCCAGGGCUCUGUCUGGAGGUGAGCACCUGGGCUCCCAGGAAUGAAAACACUACACAUCUUUAGUAGAUGCUAUUGAAGGUUAUUUCUUUUUUUCCUUUCUUGGAGAAACAAAAAUGUUGAGGAAGAGUCAGAGGCAGGAUUGCUCUCACUGAUGGCUGAAAUCCUUCCCCAGCAGGCUUUAAAGUGUCUGGAUAGGUUCCCCAGGUAGAGGUUACCACUUAGUGCAAAGAGAGGUCCAAGCCAACCUAGUUCAAAACCCCUUGAGUUUUGAAACUCCAGUUCAAAACCUGGAGUUUUGGCUUGAGUCAGUUUUUUUGUUCUUUAGGUGCCUUCUUUCCUGAGCUAGCAAAACAGUGCUGGAGUUGAUUGUCUCUCCCACUUCUAGAGGGCAGGGAAGGUGUCUCCACAGCUCCUUGCCUCUUCCUGCAAUGUGAGCUGCCUUUCUGGCCCAUGGAUGCACGAGAUUACUGCAGGUGGAUCUCACUCUUGCAGCCAAUGCCACCUUCUCCCCAAAUGCUUGGCCAUUCAGAGGGCAGUGAGAGCAGUUUGCCCUUGGCAGGGAUAUUUCUCCUUCCUCAGCACAGCUAAAACCCAGCUCGGAGGAGCCCAUGCAGCAGAGAGAGGUCAGAUGCUCUUGGUUGAUGAGUUUAACAUGGACCUGCUUCUUUCACACACACAGAAUGAGAGGAGACCUCUCUGGAUGCAGCUCAGACACCGUCACAUUUGUUCUUCACUGAGGUCCCAACAGGCCAGGUGGGUGUGGAUGGAAGCACUGCCUUACAGACCUUCAGAUGCUGGCUGAUUUUUCACCUUCUGCGUCACAGGAUAGGAAGAGGAGGAGGGGAAGGAAUGGUCUGCAAGCAAAAAUGUUAAUUUGUAAAUAGGGAAGAGUCUGGAAGAGUUUACUGUUCUGUAGAAUAAAUUAAUUUUAUUU